CCCACAAAGACUGAAGGAGGGGGGCGAGAAACAGGAGGAGAAAGCAGGAGGAAGGUAUGGGUUCGUGUCCUCCCUUCGACUUUUCUGCAAAGUAUUACCAUGUUUCAGAUGGCGGCAGCGGCUGUGUCCGGCAGAGCAGCUUCUUUGAGGGCAAACCGGUGCUCAAUCAAGGUGUCGGUUACUCUGUUAUUCUCGGCUUUGGUGCCUUCUUCGCAGUCUUCACUUCCUUCCUCGUUUGGUUAGAGAAGCGAUAUGUUGGUUCCCGCCAUACAUCGGAAUGGUUCAACACCGCCGGCCGGAAUGUCAAAACAGGGCUUAUUGCUAGUGUGAUUGUCUCUCAGUGGACAUGGGCUGCAACGAUUCUGCAAAGUUCUAAUGUUGCUUGGGAAUAUGGAAUCAGUGGACCUUUCUGGUAUGCCAGUGGCGCCACCAUACAGGUACUGUUGUUUGGAAUUAUGGCUAUAGAGAUCAAAAGAAAGGCUCCAAAUGCUCAUACUGUUUGUGAAAUCGUAAAAGCCCGAUGGGGGACACCGGCGCACAUUGUUUUCCUUGCAUUCUGCUUUCUCACUAACAUCAUUGUAACGGCGAUGCUGCUCCUCGGUGGCUCUGCUGUUGUCAAUGCACUCACCGGCGUCAACAUCUACGCCGCCAGCUUCUUAAUUCCACUUGGGGUGAUUGUGUAUACUUUAGCUGGAGGGCUUAAAGCCACCUUCUUGGCAAGCUACAUACAUUCUGUCAUCGUUCAUGUGGUUUUAGUCAUCUUUGUAUACCUAGUCUAUACUGCCAGCAAUGAGCUUGGUAGCCCCAGUGUUGUCUACAAGCGCCUAUUGGAGGUUGCCGCAAAGUCAAGAAUAUGUCAGGAGCCAAUUUCCCACUCCGGGCAAUCUUGUGGCCCUGUUUCUGGCAACUACAAAGGUUCUUACCUGACAAUGUUGAGUUCUGGAGGCCUAGUUUUUGGGAUAAUUAACAUUGUUGGCAAUUUCGGAACAGUUUUUGUUGACAAUGGUUAUUGGGUGAGUGCAAUAGCUGCAAGACCAUCAUCAACUCAUAAAGGAUACUUAGUAGGAGGGCUAGUCUGGUUUGCAGUGCCAUUUUCUUUGGCAACAUCAUUAGGAUUAGGAGCACUUGCACUUGAUCUGCCCUUAACAGCGAGUGAAGCAAGCCAUGGAUUAGUUCCUCCUGCCACUGCUAUAGCUUUGAUGGGAAAAGGAGGAUCAGUUCUUCUCCUUACUAUGCUUUUCAUGGCUGUGACAUCCGCAGGUUCUUCCGAGCUGAUUGCGGUUUCUUCAUUGUGCACCUAUGAUAUCUACAGGACUUACAUAAAUCCAGAUGCAUCAGGAAAAAAGAUCCUAAAAGUUUCCAGGGCUGUGGUCUUAGGCUUUGGAUGCUUCAUGGGAUUAUUAGCGGUAAUAUUGAACAAGGCUGGAGUCUCAUUAGGGUGGAUGUAUCUUGCUAUGGGAGUGCUAAUUGGCUCAGCCGUUCUUCCCAUUGCAUUCAUGCUUCUGUGGAGAAAAGCAAAUGCAUUUGGGGCAAUCCUAGGAACAAUCCUUGGUUGUGUUUUUGGAAUCAUCACUUGGAUUUCUGUCACAAAAAUUGAGUAUGGUAGGGUGAAUUUGGACACAACUGGUCGGAAUGCACCUAUGCUUGCUGGCAACCUAGUAUCCAUCCUUACGGGUGGAGCUGUUCAUGCUGUCUGCAGCCUUCUCUGGCCACAGAACUAUGACUGGGACACAACAAAGCAGAUUACUAUGGUGGAAAAGGACAAGGCUGACCUCCCUGCAGGAGAAUUCAGGGAGGAAAAGUUGAGGAAAGCUAGAACAUGGAUUAUAAAAUGGGGUCUUGGGUUUACAAUCUUGAUUGUAAUAUUAUGGCCUCUUCUUACUCUUCCUGCGGGGCAGUUCAAUUUGGGGUAUUUCACUUUCUGGGCUGUUAUUUCUGUAGCUUGGGGAACCAUUGGAUCAGCGGUGAUUAUUGCUUUACCGUUGGUUGAAAGCUGGGAGAUAAUAAAGAAUGUCUGUCUGGGUAUGUUCACAAAUGACAGGCUCAUGGAAAAGGUUGAGGAGCUAAAUUUCAAGCUCAACAGUAUCAUUCUUGCAAUCCCCGAAGCAGAGAGGAUGUAUUUGCUUGAGAAAGAGAAGGCCAAGAAAGAAGAAGCAUCAGAGCGACAAGCAUAGUCUGUUUCUCCAUGGAUGCAUGAAGAAAGUUACAAUUCCAUAAUCAGUCAAGAAGCCAGCAAAUACAGAACUUAAUUGAAAAUGCAAGAUAUCCAAGUUCGUUUCUGUUCCUUCACUUAAAAAACUACAUACAUCAUUUUAAGUUGCAAUUUGAAUAAAUACAAAUUUGUGAUUCUGGAGCAAUUAAUUGCCGUAAUCACUAAAGUCUUCUUAUAUAGGGCGUAAGUGAAUUAGAACCAGAAAGGUGUUAAAUAUAUACAACCUUGUAGUAUCUGCUGGUCAAUUAAUGUUUCUGGGCUUCGUUGAGAAAUUGGCCUUUUAAAACAUUCUUGCUGCUACUUCCUCAUUCUGCACAAGCCAUGUACACGGAAACACAGUUGUUCCUACAUCUGUGUUUCGGGGAAGCAGUAGUAUACUGAGUCUCUGACCGUAGAUUAACUGCAGUUAGCAUGCAUAAGCAACCGCUAAAGUAAUUCCCGCUGCCCAAAUUAUAUGUGCAAAUGUAAAAUAGAACCUCAAGAUCUGCCUCCAGUAGUCAAAAAGCCAUACGUGUAGCUUCAACUGGAAUUUCAUCAAUUUGCUUGGCGAACGUGUCUCUGGAUGUGAGAAAGAAGAGUUGGUUCAUCAAAAUCAGCACCGUCUUUCUUUGCAG